UCAAGCGUGGAGGAGAAGGAGUGUAUGAUAUGCUUGGGCACCUUCAGACCGGGCGAGCAAGUCAGGAUGCUCCCCUGCAUGCAUUGCUUCCACAAACCUUGCGUCGACGAGUGGCUUGAGCAAGGGCAUGACAGCUGCCCGCUGUGCAUGCAGUCAGUG